CCAAAUUUGGCAGGUUUUCCGCGUGACAUAGAUCGACACAGCUUUUUAAAUGGGCCGCGCACAGAUUUUUCAAAAUAUCACCUGGCAUCCCUGAUCAAAAUUAUAAUAUCGAUUUAUCGCAUUUCAACUGAUCAAGAUGUCGAGUUUUAAGCCUAUCGACGGUUCGAAGGAGGACUUCCGGAAAUAUCUGGAUCGCAAAGGUGUAAUGGAUGCAAUCACCAAAGUAUUAGUGAAAUGCAAUUCAGACCGUCCGGAAAAUGCUUUAGAGUAUUUAUUGGAUAACCUCGGAGAAAGACUCAAGGAUAAAGAUGUAAUCGCUAGAUUGGAAAGCGAAUUGAUUGAUGCUCGGAAAGAGAUAGAAGUGCUAAAACACGAUAUUGUCUCACUACGAGCGAAAUGUACUGCUACAGACAUUUCCACUACUCAUGAUUCCAUGCGUGAUCAAACACAUAAUGGACCUUCAUUACAAAUUGAACAAAAUAAAUCAAAAGAGGAAUCUCUAGAGGAAAAAGAGAUACCCGAGACAGCGGAGAAGGUGUUGGAUUUGGUUCAAUCAUGCUCAGAUGCAUCAGGAUUGCAGUAACCAAUUGUUCGAAGACAUUAAAGUAGAAAUAAUUAUGGUAAAUAGAUGAGCGCGUAAACAAUA